AUGUCCCCAAUUAAAGUCUCAUCGUCGAAACCAAUCGACAUCUCAGACUCGCAAAUCGUCGAGCAAAGCAUUAGAAAGGAACUAGGUCUUAGCGAAGACGUCACUACCAUUAGACGUAACGCACCAGCUGCUGUUCUUUACGAAGAUGCUCUACAUGAACGUAAGACCGUCAUCGCCUCUUCUGGUGCAUUGAUUGCUUAUUCCGGUAGCAAGACUGGUAGAUCUCCACGUGAUAAACGUAUCGUGGAGGAGGAAACAUCAAAGGAUAACGUUUGGUGGGGUCCCGUUAACAAACCAUGUUCUGAAAAGACUUGGACCAUCAAUAGAGAAAGAGCCGCUGAUUAUUUAAGAACAAGAGAUCAUUUAUACAUCGUGGAUGCAUUCGCAGGUUGGGAUCCAAAAUAUAGAAUUAAAGUUCGUGUCGUGUGUGCAAGAGCUUACCAUGCCAUCUUUAUGACAAAUAUGUUAAUUAGACCAACUCAAGAAGAAUUAGCCACUUUUGGUGAACCUGAUUUCACCAUUUGGAAUGCUGGUCAAUUCCCUGCUAAUAAGAAUACUCAAGAUAUGUCCUCAAAGACUACCAUUGAAAUUAAUUUUAAAGCCAUGGAAAUGAUUAUUCUUGGUACUGAAUAUGCUGGUGAAAUGAAAAAGGGGAUCUUUACCGUCAUGUUUUACUUAAUGCCAGUUUAUCAUAAUAUUUUAACUUUGCAUUCUUCAGCUAAUCAAGGUAUUCAAAAUGGUGACGUUACUUUAUUCUUUGGUUUAAGUGGUACUGGUAAGACAACCCUUUCUGCUGAUCCACAUAGAUUAUUAAUCGGUGAUGACGAACAUUGUUGGUCCGAUACCGGGGUCUUUAACAUUGAAGGUGGUUGUUACGCUAAAUGUAUUAAUUUAUCUGCUGAAAAGGAACCUGAAAUCUUUAAUGCCAUUAAAUACGGUUCCAUCUUGGAAAAUGUCAUUUAUGAUAAGAAUACUCGUGUUGUCGAUUAUGAUGAUACUUCCAUCACUGAAAAUACAAGAUGUGCUUACCCAAUUGAAUACAUUCCAAGUGCCAAGAUUCCAUGUUUAGCUGAUUCUCAUCCCAAAAAUAUUAUCCUAUUGACUUGUGAUGCUUCUGGUGUCUUACCACCAGUUUCCAAAUUGACUCCAGAACAAGUUAUGUACCAUUUCAUUUCUGGUUAUACUUCAAAGAUGGCUGGUACAGAAGAAGGUGUCACUGAACCAGAAUCUACUUUCUCUUCAUGUUUUGGUCAACCAUUCUUGGCUUUGCAUCCAAUCAGAUACGCAACAAUGUUAGCUGAAAAGAUUUCACAUCAUUCUGCUGAUGCUUGGUUAAUUAACACUGGUUGGACUGGUUCUUCUUACGUUAAUGGUGGUAAACGUUGUCCAUUGAAGUACACAAGAGCCAUCUUGGAUUCCAUUCAUGACGGAUCUUUAGCAAAGCAAUCUUAUGAAACUUUACCAAUCUUCAACUUGAGUGUUCCAACUGCUGUUAAUGGUGUUCCAAAGGAAAUAUUAAACCCAGCAAAGAACUGGUCUGAAGGUGAAGCUAAGUACAGUACCGCUGUUAGCAAAUUGGGUUCAUUAUUCGUUGAAAACUUUAAGACUUAUCAAGAUAGGGCUACUCCAGAUGUCUUAGCUGCUGGUCCACAAAUAUAG